AUGGAGAACAGGUCAGAAGUGAAUGAAUUCAUCCUUGUAGGAUUGACAGAUGCUCCAGAGCUCCAGUUCCCUCUCUUCAUAAUAUUCACCUUCAUCUACUUCACCACCCUGGUGGGGAAUCUGGGGAUGAUAGCCUUGAUCUGCUGGGUAGCCCAUCUCCAUACACCCAUGUACUUGUUCCUUAGUAAUCUCUCUCUGGUGGAUUUUGGUUAUUCUUCAGCCAUUACUCCCAAGGUAAUGGCUAUUUUCCUCAUGGAGGACAAGGUAAUCUCCUACAGUGGGUGUGCUGCACAGUUUUUCUUCUUUGUGGCCUUUUCCACUGUUGAAAAUUUUCUUCUGGCUGCUAUGGCCUAUGAUCGCCAUGCAGCUGUGUGUAAGCCCCUCCAUUAUACCACCACCAUGACAUCCAAUGUGUGUGUGGGUCUGGCUGUUGGUUCCUACGUCUGUGGUUUUCUGAAUUCCUCCAUUCAUACAAGAGACAUUUUCAGCUUUGACUUCUGUAGUUCCAAUGUGGUCCAUCACUUUUUCUGUGAUUUUCCAGCACUUGUGCCUCUCUCCUGUUCUGAGACAUACAUAGGUGAACUGAUUGUCUUCUUUGUUGUAGGAUUCAAUGUCUUUUUUGCCUUUUUUAUCAUCUUGAUAUCCUACUUAUUUGUCUUUAUUGCCAUCCUGAGGAUGCGUUCAGCUGAGGGUCGACAGAAAGCUUUCUCCACAUGUGCUUCCCACCUCACAGCAGUGUCCGUAUUCUAUGGGACAGUUAUCUUCAUGUACUUACAACCUAGUUCUAGUCAUUCCAUGGACACAGACAAAGUAGUGUCUGUCUUCUACACUGUAGUUAUCCCCAUGUUGAACCCUCUGGUCUAUAGCCUGAGAAAUAAAGAUGUCAAGAAUGCUUUCAUUAAAAUUUCUCAGGGUGCAAAAUUAUCAUUAGGCUUAUCCAUUUAA